GUUCUGUUCCACCUACGAGGUAGUAGUACUCCUCCAGCUCAGAUUCAUCUUCCACGAUAAGUAUCAACGGGGAUCACCCAGACCAUUGCAACCACCACUCUAACAAUCCCAUCUCAUACCUAAAGAAUAUGGACAAUUCAUCAACUUCCUCAGGCGAAUCAGGGAUAACACCCACGCAUACCAGCCUACUGGAACCAUACACCGACCCCGAACCACCGCCCUAUCCUGCCCCAGCUGCAGUCGCUCCCCACAAGGGCGCAACGUUCAUCAUCCGCGAUCCCGCGAGCAGCCUCGUCAUCACACUCAAGGACGGCAAAGUAGGCCUAGCCCCUGCAAACAAGGAGAGCGCAUGGAUCUACAGCGACGACGGGCUCGGUAGCCACUGGCGCUGCGUUGAAAACAAGGAUCGCUGGCUGGGCUUCUACAAUGCAGUUUCGGGGGGGUUCCUCGGGCAUGAUAAUAGCAAAGAGUGGCGCUUCAUAGCAAAGGCCGAGACUCACAGGCAGUGGGAGUUCUUCUGUGUCCGUCAGCAUCCGGAUGGCGGCCAUGAGCUGCUUGUGAAGCAUUGGGGUGGGUUUCGUGCGAUGCAGGUAGGAGGCGAUAUGGGUAGGGAUCUGGUUGUUGCUGGUGAGGGAGACAGUGGGACGGCAUGGGAGUUUCUGGAAGUUUAUUCUGAGAUUUGAAUUUAUCUGACGCGUUGUGAAAGACUUUGGGAUUGGAUGCUAUUGCAGUAUACUAGUUGAUUCACAGGUAAACUGGGAUCUACUUGUGGUCUCGGCUGUAAGGAUAAUUCGCUUUAACUAGCUCAUAAG